ACAAGCAGACGAGAGCGAAGAUGAAAAUAACGAUGGCUGUGUGUCUCUGUCUCGUCUCUACCGGAAUUUCGACAUCAGCCCCGCAAGUUUGUACGAACGCGACAGUGUCAGUUAACGAGUCAAGUCCCCUGUACCCUGUGUCGGAGGGCGAGCUGACUGAGCUCUUGAUCUAUAUGCCGAAGAAUAACUUCGGUUCCGCGGCGGUCCUCCUCGGCCCCGAGUGCAUCGUACAGCUGUAUCAGGCGGGCUCCAAAAGCACGAGAAGCUGCCUCUUCGUCUAUCCCAUCCACCGGAAGAUCUCGCUGGUCUUCGAGCGGAACAGCUCGGCCCUGUCCGUGUUCAGGAGGAAGAACUGUACGAUGAUACUUAUAGGCGAAGUGCCGCCACCCCCGCCCGGGUCCGCCUUGCGUGUCGUUCCCGGGGAGCACCCCGUCGUCACCUCCUACAACUGUUUUUUGGAUGAAUUCACAAGUCCACCAGCCGUCUCCUGCGCUUCGACCAGAUAUUGGGUCCUGGCCUGCUCUGCUCUGACCUUCGCUCUGCUCGCCGUCCUCGUGGCCUGCCCUCUCUGUGGCCGGCUGCAGGCACUUCGCGAAAGGAGUGACCCAAAUUCAGCGCCCGGGCCCAUUACCUAACGGGCCUCCUGGAACUAUGGAGAGGAAUCUAUAACUGUGGUGAUGGAAUUACCACAGGUCACCAUAACUAUGAAUAAUAACUUACUAAACAAA